AUGGGUCGAGGAAAGCUAAACAUGGAACUGAUAACGAAUGAGAAGUCUCGCAUGAUAACCUAUCAGAAAAGGAAAAAGGGUUUAAUCAAGAAAUUGCAGGAGUUUCAUAUUCUCUGUGAUGUGGAUGCUUGCGUGAUCAUCUUAGGGCCAAAUUUCAAUAAUCGUCCCAUUGAUGUUGAGACAUGGCCUACUGAUCGCUUUGAUAUGAGGCGCAUUAUAAACAGAUACAGAUCUCAGGACAAAGAACGCAGGAAAAACCAAGAUUUGUCUAGUUUCUUUGUGGCACGGCAAAAGAAACUUGAUGAUGAGAUUGCUAAAAUGCGAAAGGCUUGCUUGAAAGCAAAGUUUCCAGCGUGGGAUAAUCGUCUAAACCUGUUGCAAUCUUCUGAACUUAAUGUACUUGCUGGGGUUCUUGAUUCUAAGCUUGAAGUUGCAACUAGUAUGGUUUUGAAGAGUAAAGGUGACCAUUAUCUGAUGUUUGGUUCCAGGCCAGAGAUUAUCGAAGGAGGAUACUCCAGCAAUAACAAUUAUAAAUCAAGUUCAUUGGCUUCAACUUUCGCAAACGCAUUGCAGCAAAAGAAAAUGGAAUUAGAGGUUUUUAAGCCUGAACCAUUAACCUUUGUGAAUGCAUCCGAUCAAAAUCUCCCGCAGAUGCUUCCUUUUAACGUUAAUCCUCUCAAUAGUCCAAUGUUGAUGAUGAUGAUGAUGGCCAAUGGUGACAAUUAUUUCAGCCAAUUUGUGGGUGAGUGCAGCAGCAGCAAGAGAUCACCGUGGUCUCCAGUUAAAGCCCCUGCAUACUCUUUUGAUCAUCCAGCUGCUAAUGCGAUGAUGAUGAAUAAUAAUCCUUGGGCUCACUCAGGAAGCUAUUGUGGUCUAAGCAGGCAAUCAGUGUUGCCUUCUAACGUUUCUUCUCAUGUGCAUAUUCCUCAAUUCUCUGACAUUUUCGAUAUUAAUGAGUUUGAGAUGAAGAAUAAAAAACCACAGUGA